AUGUCUGCGUAUAGCACGACUUCAGCAGACAACGAGUGGCAAUCAUCAGAACUCAGAACUUUGGAACACACUCCACCACAUUCAGAUAACGACAUGGCUAUGCUCCAAGCCGAGGUCUCCGGACACAACUUCGACUUGAAGCGGCCGUCAAUGCGAACACAUAAGAGCUUUCCCUACCUGCUCGACGGAAAGAGCCACCUGAACAGCGGUAGCAACACACCAUCUGGACUCGAUGAGAUCGAACAGCAUGACAUCCCAAAUGUAACUUUUGGAGGCUCUGCUCCUACCAGUCCUAUCUCAAGGCUGACGCCACCUUCUACCAACGACGGUGGCAAUGUAGAGAAGCGCGAAGAGGAGGACGAUGAUCUUAUCCUCGACGAUAAGGACGACUGCGACGAAGACGAAGAGAAGGGUGAAGACCGGCAACCAAUGACAGCCGCAGAGAUUCGCGCGGCGAAGCGAAAGAUGAAGAGGUUCCGACUUACCCACAACCAAACUCGGUUCCUGAUGAGCGAGUUUGCUCGUCAAGCACAUCCGGACGCUGCUCACAGGGAACGACUCGCUCGGGAGAUCCCCGGUCUCAGCCCCCGUCAAGUCCAGGUUUGGUUCCAGAACAGACGAGCGAAGUUGAAGCGAUUAACAAGCGACGACCGUGAGCGUAUGAUGAGGUCUCGCGCUUUACCAGAUGACUUCGACAUGGCAUCAGCACUCCACUCUCCUUUCGGAAACUCCCAUGGUCUCGGCACACCGCUGGCUUCCCCUGGAUCUUACAACCCAAGCUUCUCUGAGAACAACAUGAUGAGGCCGCUGAGCAUAGAUACCUUCCGACGAGGACCGCUUGACUCGCACAUGUCGCCAACUGGCAUCAGCCCUGCUUUUGGCGGGUUCACCUUCACACCACCUCAAUCAGCAACCGACACCAUCUCACCCGUCUCAGCUCACGAGGGAUCCCCCUUUGGCUUCCAUUCAACACCAAUCGACACUAGCCCUAGAACGUCUAACCCCUUCUCCAUGCCUGUCAGCAACCCAACCGCGUAUGCUGCACAACAUAGCAUCCCUCGCCUCUCACUUCACGCCGACCGAAUCGCAAGGAGCCGUGCAGAGUCUCUACAGUCACCUUUGAGGACUAGCAUGAGCUAUACUGGCUCCCAUGACAGCUCCGAUAGCCACGACAGUCGGUCCUACUCCAGCUCAAUGAUGCCGUACGGUAUCGGCUACUCUUAUUCCCCAGUACCAGGCUUCGGUACAUCAAGCGGCAACAGAAUGCGGUCCUUCUCCAACGGCGUUCCCCGUCGCAUCGAGCUGAGCACUCACUACGCCCCUCAACGCAACGGGUCUACGCCACAGACCGCCCACUUCCCUUCCUUCUCUGGCUCACCGCUCGUCACCCCUUCGAGCUAUGGAAUGCCUCAAAUGAGUGCACCGCACCACAUGUCGUCGUUUCCUAGCUCAUAUAUGCGGAACGACUCGGCGCACAAUGACUCGUAUUCUGCCGUUGGCUCUGUGCUGGGAGAAGUCAUGGAGAACGCCAGCCAACACAGCGACGACCACCAUAACGACCAGUAUUAA